CAGAAAACUUGCGUUCAGCAGUCGAUUUUAUCAGCAUUUCAAAUGAAAAAAGCAAAUCGAGUUUAUAAGCAUGUGCGUUUCUACAUUUUUUUUAACUCUUCCAGUUCCCGAUGCAGUCCAGAGCCUUUUUUCAUCAUGAAAAAUGCAUGCAACGCAUUUUCAAGGUAGUCAAAUGGACAAAAUACUGAAUACAAGAUGUUCCUAAGGAGCUUGUCACACAUUGUAAUGACCAAUUCACAGCUUAAACCUUUCCCACCCUUGGAAACAAACUCUUACCUAAUUAUCUAUUAGGCAACUCUUACCUAAUUA